AUGACGAUCUGCUCGGAGUUCUCCGUGCACCAUCGCGCUGCUGUCAUCUCGUUACUCAUUCUAGUGCUCGGUCUGCUCUUCGGUCUCGCCCUGGAUGCGAACGCGCACAUCCCCAAGCCCUGGAACCGCGUCUCCAGCAUCCUAGGUUGGCUCUACUUUUUCUGCUGGAGCGUGAGUUUCUACCCCCAAUUGUUUGUCAACCACGAGCGACAGUCCGUCGUCGGGCUCUCGUUGGACUUUACAGUACUCAACAUGCUGGGAUUCAUCUGUUACUCCAUCUUCAACGUCGCUUUCUACUACAGUGAAAGCGUGCAACUGCAAUACAUGAACCAGCACGACGGACAUCGCAAUGCAGUGGAGCUCAACGACGUCUUUUUCUCGCUCCAUGCGGCUGUGCUGGUUGCAAUCUCCCUUUUCCAGUGUAUCAUCUACCCGCGAGGUGGCCAACGAGUCAGUAGACCGACAAUCUUGUGGACCGGAGGGGCCCUUGGAGCCGCAGCAGUUUUUGCUCUUGCAGUUGCCGUCCUGGGCAACCGUGAGGAUUCGGUGAUCAAUGUCAUGAAUCUGCUGUACUUUCUGAGCUACAUUAAACUCAUGACGACGAUGGUCAAGUGCUUGCCGCAAGUUGCACUCAACUACCAGCGCAAGUCCACAGUUGGUUGGACGAUCUGGAACGUGCUUCUGGAUAUUGCUGGGGGGUUACUCUCCAUGGGCCAACAAAUGCUCGACGUGGUGGCAACGGAUGAUUGGACGGCAAUUACAGGCAAUCCGGUGAAAUUCGGACUUGGAUUCGUGAGCAUUCUCGUGGAUGGCAUAUUUAUUUUGCAACACUAUGUGUUGUACCCAGAGAAUCGAUACUAUUUGCCGCUUGGUGAUGAGGCCAAGCCACUGUCUCCAAAGUGA